CCUCGCGUCUCGUUUGUGUUAUUUUGACAGGGCAGGGAAACAAGGCUCCCCCUGUCUUUUUUAGAUUAGAGGCCGACCAAAGCGACAUCGGCACCGCGACAAGGCUCGACGCACAGCUCGCGCGCGGGCGGAAUCAAGCAGAAAGAUCGAUUGUUGUUUAGCGGGAAUGAGCAGGCAGACGCAAGGGGCAGGAGGAUGGUCGAGCUUCUUCUUGACGAGGCGACGGGCGCCCGGGCCUGAGCCAACGCCCGUGCGUGCAAAGCAGGAAGAAGCGCAAGCACCGGCCAAGCUGGAUGCUCCAAGAACGCCGUCGGUCACCUCUUCGAGCAAGACAACGCUGGAGGAUGGUCCUGGCAGUAGCGACGAAUUCACUUCGAGCCCCGAGCCGCGGCAUGACCAGCUCGUCGACAGUCCCUCGAGGAUGCGGGACACGUCGCGGCGAUCCAGCCGGCAGCGCAAGUCGAUCCCGUUUGAGCGCGACAGCAGCACCUCGACGACGCGACGCAUGCCCUCGACGUCUUCGAUCGAUUCCAUCAUCGAGAAUGACAUCGACCAAGAGCAAAAGGAAGACGAAGACGAGGUGUCACGCGAGAUGGGCGAGGCUUUCAGGACGCUGACACGGGUCAAGGCAAAGCACUCAGCAGCACGACCCUACGACACUGUGCGCAAUGCCGGCAACGCUCCCACGGAAGCAACCAGUGUCGCUCCAGACACCACAGUGAUGGCACCGGGUGGCUGGUGGGAGUGGGGAACUACGAGGCUUAGAUCGACGCUCUCUCGAGGCGUAGCCAGCAGCCUCUUUGACGGCCAGGAGCAGGGCGAGGGAUGGAUGGAGAAGCAGCGGCAAAAGGCGAGGAGCGUCGACGAUUACGUGGACCGCAUCGUUGGCUUUGCUGGUGUUGAUGGCGAAGAGAGAGCAGUCGUGACACUCACGGCGCCAGCCCUUCCUCCUUCGUCGGUCACAUCCCAUGACGUCCUCUUGGAGAGGAUACUGAGCCGGACACUCCCGCUCGUCGAGACGCCCGGCGGCUACACGGUCAUCCUCUUUGCCUCUGGCUCCGAUGGCAUCGACUCUGGCUCGGCCAAUGCCAAAACGGCGUGGCCCGGGUGGGCAUGGUGCUGGCGCGCAUGGCGGGGCCUUGGUCGCAACUACCGAAAGAAUCUCAAGAAGCUCUACAUUGUCCAUCCCACCCUCUUUACCAAGACGCUUGUGCGACUCAUCGGCACGGGAAGCUACUUUGUUUCGCCCAAGUUUGCCAAGAAGAUUGUGCAGUGCGACAGCCUCGGCGACCUCGGCCGGCACAUCAGCUUGGGACAGAUCGAAAUCAUGCCCGAAGUCCUCAUCCACGACUUGCGAGUCAGUCGCAGCAGCAGUAGCAGCAGCAUCGACGGCAAGACUCUCGCGGCCGACGACAGCGACGGCCAAGCGAGCAAGCAUGACGAGGACGAAGGCAGCCUGCCCAAGGUGGUGAGGGAUUGCGUCGAGGCGCUUCGAGGAACGUGGGGGGAGGGCGAGUCGGCCACGGCGCUCCUCGACCUCGAAGGCCUCUUUCGAGCCUCGCCCUCCAAUGCGCUGCUCCGCGCUGCCAAGUAUGCCUACUCUGUCAAUUCGUGCCCCAACUUUGCGCGAUUCGUCGAAAAGGACCCGCACCUUCCAGCGGCGCUCCUCAAGGACUACCUUCGCAGGCUGGACCCACCCAUGUUCGCUGCAUUCACCUACCGGACCAUCGAAAAGUGCCCGCUGCUGGCAGGCGAGAGCAACGACGACGAGGCGACAAUCGAGCACCUGCGCGAAGAGGUGCUCGUCAUGCUCACGCCCUGGCGCUUGCUCCUCCUCACCUACGUCCUCGAGCUCGCCGCCGAGGCGAGUCAGCACGCUGACCGGUCUCGGAUGGACGCCUCGAAUCUGGCCACCGUUCUAGCCCCCAACCUAGUCCGCGGACCUGAUCCCCUGAGGGACGUGAGCCUCUGCAGGGUCCAACGAUCCGGUGAGGCACUUCGACCGGGCAAAACGACGCUGGGUACGCUUCUCAAGUUUGCCAUUGAGCACUUCUACGAGAUCUUUGACGAGGCCGAGUAUGAGCUGCCGGUGCUGCACCUUACCGAGGGGGACCCUUCUCCCAAGGACGAGGACAAGAGCUGGAAUGCGACGCUGACUCGACGAGCCAAGCCACCGCCGUCGUCGUCAUCCCUCCUCGGACAGUCGCCGCCAGCCUCGUCUUCUGCCUUUUCCACCACGGCACUAGACAGGUCUCUGUCGCAGCUCGGCAUCGGGGAGCCACCGCGGCGCGACCGCAACGACAGUGACGACGACGAGGAGGGGGAAGGCCGAGGCGAAGAUGUACCCCAAACGCCCACGGGCGCCAGCUCCCCUCGAUCGCGCUACACCUUUUCUCCAAGCACCUCGAUGGUCUCGUCGCCUCCCACUUCGCCCUUGCGACGGGGUGGCGGCGGCGGCGGCGGCACGGCGUCGACGAUGUCGAUCCGCAGCAAGAGCAGCACCUAUGGCCGCUCGACAUCGUCGUCGGUCAUCAACCAGCAAAAGUCGCGCCUGCUCUCGCCUGCCUCGCAGACGAUGGCCAGCCUCUACUCGCCUGGUCCAGCGACGGCGACGAACAGGAGCAGCUCGAUGCGUGGUGGUGGCCAAGCGAGCAGCUCGCCGAGCACAGCGGCAGCAGCGAUAUCCGCGCCUGCGUCUGCUUCUGCUUCUGGCGGGUCCGGCGUCGCGCUCGCGGGCGCCAAUGCCACCGCGACGUUCUCGACGAUCAGGACUCCUUCAUCGAGCGGCGCAUCAUCGCCGGACACACGCGUCGGGCCCGCCUCACAGGUCGCUUCUCCAGAAGCAGACAAAGAGACACGGGCCGGCGAGGGGCAGAGGAAAAGAGAGGAAAGAGGGGCCCAGUCGUCGACGCCGAGCAGCCCACUGGCCGAUGCUGCGAGGGCAGUAAAGAGCAAGGGCGGCAGCAAAGGAGGCGGCAACAGCAGCAGCAGCAGCAUGCUGGGCGUCGUCGCUGCUGCGGGCGACAAGGGCCGGCGACCGCUCUCGGAGGUCUUUGAGGAACAGUAGAUGGGAUGAUCCAAUUGUAUAACUAGGUAUGGCAACAGGCAACAGGACAGGAAUAGUUGUGAAUGGAGACCAUGAUACCAGGAAUGAGA